UCAAACCAAAGAAACAAUGCCUCUCUGUUUUUAUGAAAAUGAGUACUGCAAUAACAAUGAAACGUUGUGGCAUAAGUACUAACCCGCAGUCAUUAGUUCUAAUAUAUGGAAGAGGUCUUAAGACAAGAAGAAGGAGGAUACGGAUUUCUGGGCUUGAAAAUUCAUCGGUUAUUGAGACAUUCAAGGAACUUCAAGCAGAUGAGAGUCAUAAACAAUUCAUUAGUCUUGUUCCUAAGACACAGCUUUUAAGAUUACUGAGGAUUCUAAAAGAUUUAUGCAGUGGAAUGAAUCUCACGGAUUCAUUGGAUAGAAGGAACGAAAUGAACUUUUUUCAGAAUGAUGAAGACCUUAACUCUGUUGAUUAUAAUGUCAUGGAACGAAAAGAUGCUGUUAUGAAUAAGUUAUUCGAACAAAAUGAAAUGCUCUCUACAGAACAAGACUUAUUCUGUGAUAAAGAAGCUGACCUUCCUGAUGAACCAGUUGAAACUUAUUCAUGGGAUUCUGAUGAGUGUGAAUUUUGAAAGCUGUGUAGUAGACUGAUGUGCACAAAUCUGAAAGAAUUGAUUGAAAAUAAUUGUAUAUAGUUUUGUUGAUUAUAAACUGAAUAGGGUGAUUUUUUUUCAUUCCAAUGCUUAAAUCUAGUAUUGUACUCAUGAACAAGCUUUGGACAGACGAAAGUUUCAGUAAUCUUGUAAAAGGAAUCAAGACGGAAGAGAAGAUAAAGCAUUCGCAC